CCUUAUGAGCCACCAUCCGCUGCAAACAGCACGUGAUCUAGUCAGUUGAAAAGGCAAAACCAAACACGGCAGUAGAUCAGAAAGAAGCCAGGCGAAAUGGACCGUCAUCGGGUUGACAGGGUGGGCCUGCUGUCUCCCCUGGAGGAGUCCAGCGCUGAGAUAAGCAGAGACAGCGGCAUCGUGUCCCAAAGUGCGAGCAGUUUGUCCAUGGUGAGCGAAAUCCUCAGCAGCGGUACCGUGUCGCAGAGCCCCAGCUUUGGCGCAGUAGUUAUCUCUCAAAGCCCGAGCCUCAACGAAGCAGCAGACCCCGAGAUACCCGAGCAACACUACCCAGAGCAGGACGACGAAGUCCUGAGGCACACCGCCCUCAGCUACUCCUCCUACAUCAAGGCGACAGCUGGGGAAGAGAUUCUGUGCUUGGACAAGAGCUUGGAAGAAAUGCUGACAAGAGUAGAUGAGUUUGUUGGAAUGCUGGAUAUGAUUCGUAAUGAUACCUCCCAGAUAGUGAAUGAAAACCUACCUCAAAUCCAGCAGAAGUCGGAUGAAAUGAGACAAAUAUACAGAAGAAUUGAUAAGUUAGAGGCCUUUGUUAAGAUGGUGGGAGCCAACGUCAACGCGAUGGAAGAGCAGGUCACACAGGCAGAGGGAGAACUAGGAACACUACCAGGUGCUUUCAAGAAGAUCCUCCGCACAAUGAGUGUCCCAGGCUUCUUAAAUAAACCGGCCAGCCCAAGAAGACCAGAGCCACAUCAGCGUCAGGAGAUCCCCAGUGUGUUCCGGACAGACGAUUUCUUCACAUCACAGCCAGAGCAGUGACACGCUAGAACAUUUAACAUAUCACUUGGUUCUAACCGCAGAGGCCUGUUGGGUGAAUCUGUAGAGACUUUUACUGCCAUCCAUUACCAGAGGAUCUAUUGGUGCAGUGGCCUCAACAAAGCAAUAGUAGCCUUUCUGAACAAUUCACUAUGAGACAAGUGUGAGAAGACAUUCUGCAUUUUUGAGUGUCUUUUUACUGGAAACAUGCACUGAACUGUAGCAAAAUGAUUUUAAAAGUGCCUAAAUGGGUCUUAUCUCUGUCAGUUUUGUUUUCACUAUUUGUGAAGAAACACAAUGUCAGAUGUAGGAUUUUUGACAAGUCAGGAGGACAAAGUCAUCCAGCUUGCCAAUAGGACACUGUAAACAUGGUACAAAAGCAGGAGCUGUAAAGAUCUUAAGUGUAUUACAUAAAGAAUUAACCCAGCUUUUUUAAUAAUUACAUUCCUGUCACUGGUGUUUGUAAAGACCUGCACGCUGUUAUGAAUUAUUCUGUAUUUCUAUGUCUCAUCACUCGCCACGAGCAAUAUAGAUCUUAACAGUUAAGCAUUUAAUGUCUUCCAUUUCAAAAUAUUAGCUUUAUUGCUAGCCUGAGUUACUGACUAUGGAUGACAGUUGCCUCAUUGAUAUGGGGCUACAUUGUAGAUAGCACCUUUUUUAAUAAAAGCACACUAUAGAUGAGUUGAUGGUUGAUGAAAAUUUGGGCCAGGGGUGGAGAUGUAAUUGAGUUUUUUUUUUGUUUUGUUUUUUACAGUAACCGGAGGUGACCCUUACCUAUUCAAGUUUUAAUCAAUAAUGAUUACAGGUUAAUUUAUGAUUUGAUUCAUUAUUUGCCAAAAUAGUUAGUAGUAAAGGUGUUCCAUUUACAAGAUGA